AUGACUCUCGGCGACUCUAUCCGCAAGGGUGUGGGCAUGGUUCACGGAACUGGCGAGGCCAUCCGAGGCAAUGCCAUGUCCAUGGUCGACGAAGCGAGCGGCGAUAAAGCGAGCGCAACCAAGAACCAGGAGAUUGCCAAUAAGGGAGUCGACGAGUGGGAUCGAGGCUACCGAGGCCACCCUGCCGACGCCGGUGUCACUCCUGCUGACGCCGAUGCCCACCGCGAACGCAUGAACACGACCGGCACCACGGCCACAAACUACGGCUCGCACAACUCCAACAUUGGCAACAAGGUCGAUCCCAGGUACGACUCUGACCUCGACCACAGAGGUACCGCGACCGACUCUACAAACGCUGGACCGCAUUCCACAAACGUUGGCAACAAGAUGGACCCGCGCUUCGACUCGGACGUAGACCACCGCGCUGAUCCUACAUCCAAAGUUGGCGGUACGGGCUACGAAACGCCCGAGAGAGACUUUGCCGAAUGGCAGCCAUCGCAAGGCUUCAACGACGCAUGGCACCCGCCACACGAAUCCCAGCAUGACCCGAAUCCUCCGCAUGAACACCGCGGUUCCAUCGGCGGCUCGUCCGGAUUAGAGGCUGCGAACAAGCUCGAUCCUGUUUUCACGGUCGGGUCGGACGAAGAGUCGAUGAAGUACACGGAUCACCCCAACAUCCAUCGUCUCCGUGGCUCAAUCAGCGGCGCUUCAGGUCUCGAGGCUGCUCAGAAGCUUGACCCGCCCGAACAGGCGACACCGUAUAUGCCAGACGAAGUAUCGGCUCGUGGCCCCGGCUACAGCCAACCGGAACCUUCCUACCACCAACCGAAACCUACGCAUCAAAGCAGCGUCUUGAACAUGCUUGAUGAAGACGUCGAACCAGAACAAUAUCCUCCUCCGAACCGCGCUACUACAGAGCCCGCGUCGCAGUACGACGACGGCUCUGAGAACUCAGCAGAGUCGGGAAGGUACUCGCCAGACUCUGACGACGAACUUCAUCGCAUAUCUCGCCGCCGAAGCCGUAAGUUCACUCUCCGCAGGCUGUCGCAUGUUUUCGUUGAAGGUGGCUCGCCACAUGUCUUUCGUAAAGGUGCUCAGCGCGCAGCAGCCUCGGCGUACGCUUAUGCUAAUGUUCUGUGA